UCUUCCUCGAAAGUUGUGUUAACCGAGACUAAGAGAGAAAGCGAGAGGAGAGAGAUAGAGAAGUUCAACAAAAUUAAUAAAGUUAACAACGUCUCGUUAACUCCAACAACGCGAUAACAAUAUUAAGUAAAGAAGCGGCCGACAAACAGAAUAUACAACAUUGUUAAAUAAUAACAAAAGAAAAAGGAAAGAAAUAACAAAAAAAAAAACUGUUGGCCAACAUGCAAACAGUCAUUAAGAACCCCAACUGGUGGCAUCGUCGCACUAAGCUGGAAAAGGGUCUCACCAUUGCGUGCAUUUUACUAUUUGCCAUUCUUGCUGUUAGUGUUGGCCUCAUCUUGACUCAAGCUCUCAAUGUACAGGACGAACUGAGCAGGACAAAUGGCAGCAGCACCACUGCUAGUCCACAGGCUACAGCCCUGCAUGGAGACCAUACCGCCAUCAAUAUGGUUCCCGUAUCUGCACCAAAGAGCAAGUCCGACAUGAAUAAGGAUAACGUUUGCCUCAGCAAGGAGUGCAUACAUACGGCCUCCACGGUGCUCAGCAAAAUGAAGCAAGAGAUUGAACCCUGUGACAAUUUCUAUGAAUUCGCCUGUGGCACUUAUAUUGACGAGCAGAAUAUACCCGAUGACAAGGUUUCGAUUAGCACAUUUUCGGUUAUUUCCGAUAAGUUGCAGGAGCAGCUAAAGGAUAUCAUUACCGCGGAACGUCCAGAAACUGAACCGAAACACUUCCGUUUGCCCAAUCUCUUGUACAAGGCUUGCAUGAACAAAACUUUAAUCGAAACACUGGGAGCUGAACCUGUUACCAAAUUGGCCAAGUCCCUAGGUGGUUGGCCUUUGAUCGUGGGUGACAGUUGGAAUGCAGACAAUACCUGGACCUGGCAGGAACAGGUCAAGAAGUUCCGCAAAGCUGGUCUUAGCAUGGAUUAUAUUAUUGAUUUCUCCAUUGGAGUUGAUCUCCAGAAUAGCACAAAGCGGCUUAUCGAUCUCGAUCAAUCAGCUCUUGCUCUGAGUCGCGAAUAUUUGGUCAAGGGAUUCAAUGAGACUCUUGUAGGUGACUAUUAUAAGUAUAUGGUUGACAUUGCGAAGCUAUUUGGAGCAAAUCCGAAACAAGCCGAGAAGGAAUUGUUGGAAUCCCUUGAGUUUGAAAUGGCCCUGGCAAAUAUAUCCUGGCCCAAUGAAAAGCGUCGCAACUCCUCGGAAUUGUACAAUUUGAGAACUCCUCAGCAAUUACAGGAUGCCUAUCCUUAUGUCCAAUGGGUGGACUACAUGAAUGCUCUACUACCUUCUGGCCUUAAAAUUGAGGACGAUGAAAUGAUCAAUUUAUCUGUGCCCAGUUUCUUUGAGGAUCUUGGCAAGCUGUUGGCCAAGACAGAUAAUCGUGUGAUUUGCAAUUAUAUGAUGUGGCGUAUUCAUGCCUUCUCCAUUGGCUUCCUCAGUGAGGAGUUCCGCAAACGUCAAUUACAAUAUGCUACAGCUUUGUCGGGCCGCCAGGAGCAGGAGGCACGUUGGAAGGAGUGUGUUGAUAUAGCCACUGGCAGCAUGGACGAAGACGAUUUUAAUAGCUUGGGCAUCUCAGUUGGUUCGCUAUAUGUGCGCAAACAUUUCAAUCAGGAGUCAAAGGCAAAUGCUUUGGAAAUGGUCAAUAACAUUCGUGAUGUAUUCAACGAUAUCCUCGACGAAGUCAACUGGAUGGAUGAAAAAACAAAGAAGGAGGGCAAGGAGAAACUCCACAGCAUGUCCACUCACAUUGGCUAUCCGGAUGAAAUGCUCGAUAAUGAGAAAUUGGCCAAAUAUUAUGAAAAGCUUGAGAUUAAUCCAGAUAAAUACUUUGAAUCGUUCCUCGGCAUGAAUAUCUUUGGCACAGACUAUUCAUUUAAUAAACUUCGUUUGCCAGUUAAUAAAACCGAUUGGGUUCGUCAUGCUCGUCCAGCCAUUGUGAAUGCUUUCUAUUCCUCAUUAGAGAACAGCAUCCAGUUUCCCGCUGGUAUACUUCAGGGUCACUUCUUUAAUGCUCAACGUCCCAAGUAUAUGAACUUCGGGGCCAUUGGUUAUGUGAUUGGCCAUGAGAUCACCCACGGUUUCGAUGAUCAGGGUCGUCAGUUUGAUGUAAAGGGCAAUUUGCGUGAUUGGUGGCAACCGAACACCCAAAAGGCCUAUCUGGCCAAGGCACAGUGUAUCAUUGAUCAGUAUGGCAAUUAUACGGAACGUGCCACAGGUCUCCAUCUGAAUGGUAUUAAUACGCAAGGUGAAAAUAUUGCCGAUAAUGGUGGCGUCAAGGAAUCUUACAUCGCCUACAAUCGUUGGGUCGAGAAGCAUGGAGCAGAGCAAAAGUUGCCGGGAUUAGACUAUACACCGCAGCAAAUGUUCUGGAUCUCCGCUGGGCAGACUUGGUGUGCCAAAUAUCGUAAAGAAUCCUUGAAAAUGAGGAUCACCACUGGAGUACAUUCCCCCUCCGAGUUCCGUGUGUUGGGGUCGUUAAGCAACAUGAAGGACUUUGCCAAGGACUUCCAGUGUCCGGAAGGUUCACCCAUGAAUCCAGUGCAGAAGUGCGAAGUGUGGUAGAUGAUAUGUAGUUCAUAUCUUAUAAGUGUAACUUGCAAAAUAGUAGAGACCAAGAUAGCUUAUUACAGGCGAAAAUCUGUCUAGAAAAAUGUAUCUGUAUGUUAAAUAUGCGCACUGUAAUGAAAUUAUUUAAUAAAACUAUUUGUUUAUAUGUAAA